UUACACUGCAGGCCAAAUUAUUUUUCUAUUAUAUCCAAAUCAUGUCAGCAUAAUUAAAAAUACCAAAAAGACGAUAAUAUAAAAAAGUAUUUAAGUAAUACAAUAUGGACAACAAUCAAGAGAUCGCUGCGUUGGAGAAAUGGGGAUUCCCUUUGGUAGAGCUUUAUCGAUUGGCGCUAAGUUUCUAUAAGCAAAAUUCUGGCAAAGCAAUACAUCUUUCAUAUGAGGAUAAUUUGAAGUUAAUUGCGUUCAAGCAACAAGCCACAAUGGGUCCGUUCGAUGCGAGCCAUGCGCCAGAGUUGGGUGUGCUCGAUGUCAUUGGCCGUGAUCGACAUAUGCACUGGCAGCUUUUGGGCGAUAUUAGCAGAGAGCAAGCAAUGGAAGGAUUCAUAGAUUUAUUAGAUAAUAUGUGUACGGCUUUUCGUCCAUACACAGAAGCAGUAAAGCAAAAUCGCGAUGAAAAUUUAAAAGCAGAACUACGACGUAUGGAAGAGGAAAAGUUGGAGAAAGAGAAGAGGGAACGUGAGCAAAAAGAGUUGCUCGAGGAAGGCUACAGAGAAGAAAUGCAGCGGCGCCAGCUACAGGAUGCGUUAAACAGGCAAACAUUCCAGCAAUUCAAGAGUUAUGCUGAAAAGCAGUUUCCUGGCAAUCCAGAGCAGCAAGGUGUGCUCAUACGUCAGUUGCAAGAGGAGCACUAUCACCAGUAUAUGCAGCAACUACAUAUGCACAAAAAGAAUAACAACAGUGAGUCCGUUGAUGGUGGUACACAGCACCUUUUAUCAAAGGAUACAACCGCCGCUACUGGUAAUGCAAAUGAAUUGUUUAAUGCUUUGGAUCACCACAGCAGCGAUGAGCAGCAACAAGACGAUUUAAGCCAAGACGACUACUUGAUAAUAGAGCCUGCAAGAAUGUGGACGCGACCAGAUAUUAAAGCAUUUAAAGCUGAGGUAUCUGCCGGCGAAGGCGAUGGUGUUAUCACUGUCGGUCACGGUGACGUUGUGACGGUACGUGUGCCUACAAUCUCAGUUGGCAAAUGUAUAUUCUUUGAGUUUGCCACUGAUAACUACGACAUUGCGUUUGGGCUAUUUUUCGAGUGGUCAAAGCCAACAACAAAUGAGGUGAUAGUACAGGGCACAGAAAGCGAAAAUGAUGAAGACGAAGAGUUAAUUGAUGAUGAACUUGUAUCAAUGAACGAUGACUUGGAAGCUGGCUCAGUUAGUAAUGAGCGCGAAGUACUGGCACAAAAUAGUGUUAUCAAGCCACCGGUAUCAAUAAUAGUGCCCAUGUAUCGGCGGGAUUGUCAAAAUGAGGUUUAUGUUGGGUCUCAUAAAUAUCCCGGCGAAGGAGUUUAUCUGCUAAGGUUUGACAACACCUUCAGUAUGUGGCGGUCGAAAACAGUAUACUAUCGCAUCUAUUAUGAACAUUAAGCCUUGUUUAAAUGUAUACAAACUAAAAAUUUGGACAAAUGGGUUUGUGUGUCGAAUUGUAUAGAUUUUCAAAUGGUUAUUAAAAAUAGCAGUUCAGCCUCAUAAAAAUA